GCAGCGCCCCCGCAGAUGGGCUUGGGCUGGAGCAGCGCGGAGGAGCGGCGGCCCCUCCUGCCGCCGCCGCCGCAGCAGCCGCGGCCGCAGCCGCGGGGGCCGGCGGGGGGCCCGGCGGGGCGGCUGCCGCCGCUGCUGUCGGGCCGCGUGUACGGGCGGCGGUGGCUGGUGCUGCUGCUGUUCUCGCUGCUGGGCUUCGCGCAGGGCCUGGUGUGGAACACCUGGGGCCCUAUCCAGAACUCGGCCCGCCUGGCCUUCGGCUUCAGCGGCUGGGACAUCGCCCUGCUCGUCUUCUGGGGGCCCAUCGGCUUCGCGCCCUGCUUCUUCUUCAUGUGGCUCAUGGACAAGAAGGGUCUGAGGGUAACAGUGCUGCUAACAUCAUCCCUCAUGGUAUUGGGAGCUGGCCUGAGAUGUGUUCCAGUUUCAGAUCUAGAAAUUAGGAAGAAGCUGAUUCACGGCGGGCAGCUGCUGAACGGCCUGGCGGGGCCCACGGUGAUGAACGCGGCUCCGUUCCUUUCCACGACAUGGUUCUCUCCGGACGAGCGCGCCACGGCCACGGCCAUCGCCUCGCUGCUCAACUACCUGGGUUGUGCUGCUGCCUUCCUGGUGGGGCCUCUGGUGGUGCCUCCUCCCAACGGCACAGCUCACCUGGUGUCACUGAGCAACACCCAGCACAUCAAGGACCGCAUCGAGGCCGUGCUCUAUGCAGAAUUUGGAAUGGUUUCCCUGAUAUUUUCUGCAGCGUUGGCCUACUUCCCCUCGCGCCCUCCAUUCCCCCCCAGCGUGGCUGCAGCGAGCCAGCGGCUCAGCUACAGGAGAAGUUUUUGCAGACUCUUAAGCAAUUUCCGAUUCUUGAUGAUUGCUUUAGCCUAUGCGAUACCACUGGGUGUUUUCUCUGGCUGGUCUGGUGUUCUGGAUUUGAUAUUAACACCCAUUCAUGUAAGCCAGGUGGAUGCAGGCUGGAUUGGAUUUUGGUCUGUAGUUGGAGGUUGUGUUGUUGGCAUAGCAAUGGCAAGAUUUGCAGAUUUUAUCAGGGGCAUGCUGAAGUUCAUACUGCUGCUGCUUUUAUCUGGAGCAACAUUAGCAUCAACCUGGUUCACUCUCACCUGUCUAACUACUGUCACUCAUCUGCCUUUAACCACAGCUACACUGUACACAUCCUGCAUUUUGCUGGGUAUAUUCCUCAACAGCAGCGUACCAAUAUUCUUUGAGCUCUUUGUGGAGACAGUCUACCCUGUUCCAGAAGGAAUAAGCUGUGGAGUUGUCACCUUCUUGAGUAAUGUGUUCAUGGGAGUGCUUUUGUUUUUCCUCACAUUUUACCAUACAGAGUUUUCCUGGUUCAACUGGUGCCUGCCAGGGUCGUGUCUGCUCAGCCUGCUCCUCAUCCUGUGCUUCCGCGAGUCCUACGACAGACUCUAUCUCGAUGUCGUCGUCUCCGUGUGAUCACACUGGACUGGUGAGGCCUUGGAAGAGACUGAAGUCGGCUUUGCAGUCUGCACAUCUGCCUGGAUUUGCACAGCUGAACAGCAGAAAAACAAAGAAAUUGCAAGACUUAAUCGUGGCUUUAUUUAGAGAGGGUGAGGGAUGGGUUGUUCUUACGUUCAAGACCAUCUUGAUUUGCCAUAAAUGUGGAACUGGAGUGGUGAUGGUGACACCAAAAUGCACAAAGAGAAUCUCUCUGCUGUCCACGUCCCUGUGCCAGGGCUGGGGCUCUCUGUUGAGGAGGCUCUUGAUGUAGCAGUGAGGUGUAUGUUGUGUGUGUGUGUGUGUGUGUGUGUGCCUGUGUGCUGACUCACGGUUAUACACACCAGGGUACCAGUAAUCUUCAGAGUCUUCUAUCAGAAUAAAAAUAGGGAAUAAUCUUAACAAAAGGAAAAAAUAAGAAAACAAAAAUGUUUUCUUCAAGAUCUCUUUAAAAUCACUAGUCAUUUAUAUAGUGAAUUAAACAGUUAAGCUAAAAUGAUUUGGUGCUUGUACACUACAUUUACAUUCUAAUAAAGUGGGUUCUGAUAAAAGACACUGGUACCAGGGUUUUUAGCCAUACUAAAUAUCCCAAACAAUCCCUGCAGUGUUGUUAGAGGUGUUUGUUACCACCCUGGAGCACAAGUAAACAAUAGCUUUAGCUGCCACUGAAUCCCAACCUGCACCCACAGUCACCUCUGAAAUGCCACCAUGGUUCCAUAUCUCCUGAGUAUGGAGCAUCUGUGGUGUACUGGAGUGUCACCCUAGGUAAAUGUUGCUGUUCUAAAGGCCACCACUGUGUCACCUUGCCAUCCUCCAUCUCCAGUAAUUUUUACUGUUAGUGCCACUGAAUACUGUGGGUGUGGAUGUCUGAGUCCUGCUAGUUUUUUCCUGAUACUCUAAGGUGUGUGUGGUUUUUAGCAUUAGUUUAUGACUGAGGGUGCCUAAACAAUGCUACUUGUAACCCAAGUCUUGAGAAAUCACUGUUUCCUAAAAAAACCCUUUCUAGCUAAGGAGGUGCAUUGAUGGCGAAAUGACAAUGAGUUUGACAAUGAGGAAUAACUCAUGAGUUCUGGCAUAAUAUGGGAAAUUAAUGCCAGCUCUUUUUAUCAGUACUAAUCUGUGGUCAUUCUGGCCCUUACUUGAACAUAAGUAUUAAAGACACUUUGAAUAGUUUUUUAACUCAAUUUUUAAACCUGCUAAUGAUUUCUUAAUUAUAUUCUUAGAUUUCAGUUCAGCAUCAUUUGAAAUGUUUCUGUAUGUGUGUGUGUGUUCUGUUCUUUGUGUUACAGGGGUGUGUUUGUGUGUAUGGGGGCGUGCAUAUUUAUAUCAAUGUAUACACAAAUAAAACUUAUAUAUAUAAGAGAUACAUAUAUAUAUAUAUAAGUUGUGCAAGGGUAUGUGUUUCCCUAGGUUUACUGCAGGGGAUCCUGUCUGGGGAAGGUGAUGUGCCCUUGUUUGUAACCCAGCCGGUCACUGCCAUGAGUGGGAACGCGUCGUGCACAGUCUGUGACAGGGAUUCAUUUCGGGGGUGAAUGAUUUCCUGCCCUGGCAGUUCUAUGGCAGGGGGUGGGUGCACCUGUUGGAGAAGGCUCUGCAUCUCUAGAAGUUGAAUCAAGAACCCUCUGCUCCUGUGUGGGGCUCUUCUUUGCCCCUGGGGCAACAUCAACACAGUAAGCUCACAAACCCAGAACUACCUUUCAGAUAUGGAUCUGUUCCUUCUGCCUGCUCUCCUUUUGCAGAGAGAAUACACCUCUAAGACUUAACUCAGGAGUGUAUCUGUGCAGUAAAAUAAAACAAGCUGUUCCCUGCUUUUAUGCUUUCGGAGCAAUUGAUGUACUUACUGUAGUAACUGAAAAUGGAUUUAGCUCAUUGCCUAUAUCAGCUCUAAAUGAUCUUUCCUGUCUUGAAGCAGGCUCUUUGUGGUAGUGGAGCUAACCUGCAUAGGGAAGAUGAAAUCAGUCCAACCAGUACAUUCAGAUCCACUGGCAUCAUCCCUUUUCAGAUGAGUGGUGUUAACUGUCCAGCUUCUUUUUACGAUGUUUUAGUGCCUGGAUUGGUUUCAGUAUCCAGUAGCUGCAGCUACCUAUUGUCUCCUGAAACCAAGGAUCGCUUGCCAAGAUUGUGAAGUUGCAUUGUCAUGGCAGAACUGUGAGCUCAGAUGGCUCUUCAGAACUCUGUUUCUGCAAUUUACUGUAGCUAUAUAAAGAUGAAAAUUGCUCAGCUCAGGCACUGUCCUGAGUGACAGAGAUUUCUAAUCCUUUCACUGUCCUGACUGUUUUAAAAUGGAGAAACAUUUCACACAGUAUUCAGACUAUAACCUAUUCUUCCUCUGUUCCAGAAGGCAUCAAACAAUUCAAAAUACUUGCCAGAGCUUGCAGAUGCAGACACUCCACAGUCAGGGGAGAAGAGUGAACCUCUUGUUUCAAACCCUGUUGAUUGUUUUUCUGAGUCAGUGUGAAUGGCUCACUGUGACUGAUGCUUUGGUAGCUGUUUCUGUGUGCGGUGGAUCGACUGUGGGUGGACACCACAUGCCCACCAAAGCCACUCUGUCAUUGCCCUCCUCAGCUGGGCAGGGGAGAGAAAAUAUAAUGGAAAGCUCAUGAGUUGAGCUAAGAACAGGGAGAGAUCAGUCACCAGUUGCCAUUAUGGAUAAGAUAGACUCAAUUUGGGGAAACUGGUUUAAUUUACUAGCAAUCAUAUCACAGUAGGAAAAUGAGAAAACCUAAUUUUGAAAACACCUCUCCAUCCCUCUCUUCUUUCCAGGCUUAGCUUUAUUUGUGGUUUUCUCUUCCUCCUCCCCUCAGCAGCACAGGGGGAAAGGGAAUGGGGGCUGUGGUCAGACCAUUACCUAAGGACAUUCUUUCCCUGCUCCAGCAUAAGGUCCCUCCCAGGGGAGACAAUCCUCCAUGAAUUUCACCAGUAUGGUUACAAACCUUUGGGAGCAAUCCUGCCAACAAACCUGCUCCAGCCUGGGCUCCUCUCUCCAUUGUGCCACAGGUCCUGCCAGGAGUCUGCUCCAGCAGCUUUCCCACAGGCCCACAGCCUCCUCUGGAGAUCCAGCUGUGUAGCAUUGGGCUCUCCACAAGCUGCAAGUGAGUCUCUGCUCCCCGUGGGCUGCAGGGACACAGCUCCCUCACCAUGGUCUGCAUCACAGGCUGCAGGGGAAUCUCUGCCCUGGUGCCUGGAGCCGCUCCUGCCCCUCCCUCUGCACUGACCUGGUACCUGCAGAGCUACUCCUUUCUCUGGCUGCAGAGACUGUUGUGCAGUAACUUCCUUUCCCUUCCUAACCUGUAAUCCCAGAGGUGUUACCACCAUGACCAAAGGGUUCAGCCUUGGCCAGUGCCCCAUUUGGAACCUGGCUGGUGUUGGCUCUGUCACUCAUGGGGAAGCUCCCAGCUGCUUGUCACGGACACCACCCCUGCAGCCCCUCACUGCCAUGCAGAGCCCCUGCCCUGUGUCUGCCUGGCACGGCAGUGUGGUCUGAAUUACAGCCAUCAGGGUCUCUGCAGGAACCUUCUCCAGGGCUGGGCAGCCCAGCCAGGUCCCACUGAAACCUGCACUGAGUUCACAGGCACUGCUCUGCAGUCAGGGCUCAACCCAAGUUCCCAGCAACACUGAUGGAAAUCUGCCCAAGUGAAAGUCAAAGGAUUGCUCCCAAAUUGCUUGAAGUUGUGCAGGACAUGGCUGCAUUCCACACACACAGUGUUCAGGUUUAAGAUUUUAUUAGAUGAGCAAGUCUGGCUCAGGAUGGAAGUGAGAAUUUUAAAUGUGUUUGCUGAAAUCUCUGAAAAACACUUUAUCCCUAUCUGUGCCCCACAGCAGCAUCUGUGAAGGAGCAGUUCAUUUCAUGUCAGUAAUACAACUAAACCCAUAGAAAUAUUUUUUGGAUGAGCAUUAUCACUUGCUUGGAUUUAGCAAGAGUCCAAGCUGCCAGGCUACCUGCACUUUGUUGGAAAUUUGAGUUUGAAGUGCAAGGAGAGCCACUAACAGUGCAGAUGCAGUUAACAGUAGUGCAGAAUAGGCUCAAAAGAGUUAAUGUUUUUCUUAAUAAUGAAAGUUCAAAGUCUCUCUAACUUGGAGGAGUCAUAGAUGUCAUUUGCCAGCAGAGGAAGGUGCCCUGAGAAGCCCUGGAAUUUCCUUCUCUUGGUGGCCUGUGUGUUCAUGGCCCUGAAGAACAUCUUCCCCAGCAGUGGUGAGCCCCUUAACACAGGUAAUUGUGUUGUGGUUUAUAUUGGGAAUGCUGGGAAGCAGCUCCGUAGUGCUGCUCACUCUUAAUGGUUCAUUUUACCCAUGGGCUGCUCCUGAGGUUUGUUUGGCUCAGUGACACCCUCGGUGCAGCUUCCAGAGCUGCUGGCUCUCCUCCUGAGCUGUGCAAGCUCCCAUGCUGCUGAUGGGGAGGCUCAGAAAAUGCAGGCUUCACUUAGAGCAGUUCCUGUCUCUGGUCACUGCUGUUACCCAUUAACUUCCUCUGGAAUCCUCUGCCCUCCCUUGGGGCUGCCUGUUCCCCUGAGCUGGAGGUGUGGAGAAGAGAUUCCUUGCUUCCAGAGCAAUUUUACAGGGAAGGGUUGGCUGACCAUGUACUUAAUGUACAUAAGAAUAGGGAUUUUUAGAAAAUCAUGCCAGUUGGAAGAAAGUGUAGACCCAAAGGAUUCUGCACAUAUUGUGAACAGAUGAUCUGUUACAAGCAGACUGUAAUUUACCUGAAACCUAUGAUUUUAGCUCCCACACCUAGAGGGGCCAAGCAGAUGGGCUCUGUGUAUGUCAGGUGUUCAGGCUCACAGCAUCACAGUUAUCCCCAGCCAUCUGACAGAGCUGAAAAGAGUGGGAAUGGGGAUGACUUGAAUCUUGGAGUGGGUUGGAAAACCCCAGACUCUGUCAGUGUUUGUAGUGGUAACUUGGGGAGAGCAACAGGUUGGACUGAGUAACAAAAAGUGCCUGGUUUGAGGGGGCAUUUCAGCGCCAAAAUAUUGCAUUGGACUGAUCAAGUCCAUACAAAAUUUGAAAUUUUGUGGUGACAGGGAUGUUAAUGCUGGGCUUGUUCUAAAGUAAACUGAGCAAGUGACUGCAUGGCCUUGCACUGCAACAUAAACAAGCUGCAUUGAUUGAUGUGCAUGUAUUGGCUGUUACAAGAAAGGGAAUGUGAUUUAAUUGUCAGGAGUGACUGAAAUAUGAAUUACACAGUUUGCACAGUGGAUGUAACUGCUCUGUAAUGGUGUGACAGCAGGGCUCUAAUUGUUCAUUUCUUCUGUUGGGUCACUUGCAAAUUAGUAAGUAUCUCUGACAAAGGCAUUUUUAUGUUUCAUUAGUUUCGAGGAGGUUCCUUUUAUAUUAAGUACAGUCCAUUGUAAUAACCUGCAAGACAACUACUACACUGGUGUGGGAACCUACACCAGUUCUGGGGAUUGAUUUGGUAUCUGAUGGUGCUGCAUUCUCAGGGUUGUUAAAGCACUACAUGGGAAGAGCAGGGAUGUGGGGUGUGCAAGGAGUUUGCUGUGUGUGUGGAUGCACAGUUGUGCAAAGGGAGAUGUCAACCCCGCCAAAACACACAAGAACUUUGUCACCUUCCAUGGGUCCCAGCAUUCCAGCUGUGGGGGGAGAAGAGGGAGGUGCUGCCUUGUGACUGCUGCCUCCUUUCCAUCAGAGACAGCCAGGCAGCCUCCAGGCUCGCUGCUUCACAUGAGGGGAUCAUAACCAUCACCAGGCUCCAUUCGCUUCCCUGCAGCCGUGACUGCUGCGAGGUGCGUUGUGGGUGGCACACGAGUAUCUGCCUUGCUUCCUGCAGGAGCGUCACUUCAGCUGGCAGAGAACUGCCCCAGAGCAGGCACAGCCCCAGUGAAGUCAGAAGAUGUCAAUCUGCUUACAAUUUUUGCAGUUUGUGUUUCAAACCAGAUGCAACUAAUAAAUAAAGGAAGAAAUGUAACUCUGUCCAAAGUUUUGACAAGUAAAAGCAAAUAUUUGCACAGAUGUGCUGACUCCUGCCAAUUACUUGGGAUUGCAAUGUUUUUGGAUCAAUUCAUGCCCCCCACAGCCCCAGCACUGUUUCUUCACUUCUCAGUCCCAGCAGCACCGUGGGAAGCUUCAAGCCCUGGUGGAGGGCAGGGACUGCAGCACAGAGAGAGAGGGGAAGUGCUGAGCCAUGAUGCCUGGGAGGGGGGAUGUUGGGCACAGAAGGGGUGUCUUCUUCAGCCCAGUUGUUUCAGAGCCUCAUUUUUCCCUUCCUCAAGGAUGGCUUUUGAGCUUCAUUUUCUGUUUGUGAUGGGAUUUGUGCUGCAGGAACAGGGACAGCCAUGGUGGUGGCAAACAGUGUAGAGUUGCUGGUUUUCCAAGGUGCAGCAAGGAAGGCAGGUGGGACUUACUCUGCAGCAACAGCUUUUCUGUGCAUGCUCUCUCUCCCCACUGGCUUCCUCCAUGUGAUUUAUCUGCUUGUUGCAUCUGGACAGAGUCACUGCACUCCAUUUGCAUUGCUACAUGAAGACAAUACCACCAGAAAAAACUUUUUUUCUUUAUGGGAAGAUUUUCCCUUCAGGCUGAGGCCAAUUCUUCAACCUUAGUCUAUGUAUUUGUCAAAGCCACAACAACCCCAAGCCCAUGUUUUCCUUCACAGAGGGGAUGUGCAGGUUUGUGUGGGACAACUCAGGGGGCUUGGGGAAGGGCUGCUUGGGGCUUGGGGUGCCCACCCAUGCCAGGGGAGGGGGAUGUUUCAUGUCCCUCCCCAGCAGGGACACCCUGAAUGUGCAAUAUAAACUAGAACUGUGUUCCCUGCCCCCUCCUGCCCACAGCUCUUCUUUGUGCUCUGACCUUUCUGCUGCCACCUGGGCUGAGCCAGCCCAGCAGAGCUGCAGGGUCUCCCCACGGGCAGCCUGCCAUCAGCUCCUGCUCCCGGCGGACCAUGAUGCAUUUUCCAGACAUAUUUAUUUUCUCUGACUAUGAUAUUUGCUAGAUUAAAAUCUCUUUUUCCCCCACCACGUUUAAUGUCUUCCACCUUGACAAGGUCAUAAAAACAGCUUUUAAUUAUGGGACACACCUAGCAGUUGGGGUUUUUUGAACUGCAUGAACAUAUGGAGAAGGAAGAGGGUUUUACAUGUUGGAGAGCAUCUUUGUAAACUAUCCUCGACUUGUAAGACUGUUCAGUUUUACUGGAGUUGUUUGUAUGCGUUUUACUUUUGUAAUUUUUUAAGUGAUUUGAUAGAAUUUUAUUUUAGGGCAAAUUCUACAUUUUGUAUGCGAUAUUCCGAUGUGGUGUAUUUUUAUUUUUGAGAAAAUAAUGUUGAAACCACUAAAUACUUGUCAAUGUAACAUAUCCACUGUGUAAUUUCUAUUUAAAACUGGACUUUGACCAUGAAGUGCGUGUUAUUUUACGUACUGGUUGUUGCACAUUAAAGAGGUUACUCAGUUUGCUGCCA